CAUGAAGUCUGUAACCCAGUUGUGAUCAACUCGUUCAAGCCAAAACACCAAAAUGCAGACUUUUGUUUUUUCGUGUCAUCAUCAUGGUAGCUUCGGUGCUAGAAAGUUUAGGCGGACAAUCUCUAUCAAAAGAUAGUGAUGUUAUAAAUACAAUGAAGGAGGUUCUAAUCCUGAAGUUCCGAAAAACACGAUAAACCAGCUAUAUAAACCGUCUCAAUCAACCACCAUGAUAGUAGUCACCAACCACACACCAAGAUGAAAAUUUUCGUUUGUCUUUUCUUCUUCGCUGUCAUCGCUACAACUUGGGUCGUAUCAAACGGAUUAAAAGAAAAAUGGCGAAAAUUUCCAGCUCAGUGCGUAAACGAGACAAAAAUUUCGGAAGAAUCUCUUGACAAGGUGAUCAAUCCGGGACCCACAGACGACGUCACACUUAAAGCAUACACUCUGUGUUUAUUUAAAAAAAUGGAGAUCGUAGGCGAAGAUGGAACUUUCAAUAAGGAGAACUUCAAAAAUAUGCUUCUGGACAAUGGAGUCAGUGGAGAAGACGCGGAACGUUUGGUCAAAAAAUGUUCCGUGAAGAAAGACCGGCCGGAAGAAACAGCCUACGAUGGCUUUGUGUGUUGGUCCAAAAAUGGAACUGUGGUUUGAGUUACGAUAUGUUUUUCACUGUUACAAGUUAUUUUAAUAAAGAAAAUUGUUAAAGAAAAUUACAAACGAACAAUUCAACAGCUGCAAAAAUUCAUUAGGGUUUUCCCGACGAUUUUUAGGCUCGGCAUGGUUUAAAUUAUAAUAAUUAAUAACCGUUUUUUUGUGCUUGAUUAUACCAGAGAGGGUUUUCCGAGGGUUUCCCCAAGAAUGCAGUGCAAUUAAAUCCUACCACUGUCCUGAAAUAGUACUUAGGUAUAAAAGCGCCGAAAGAAACUACCAAAUUAGUAGCCAUCAAUUCGCACAAGACAUACCUCCAAAAUGAAGAUCUGUUUUUGUCUUUUCUUUGCAGCCCUCAUCGCUGCCUCUAUGGCACAGAGUCUGCAGGAGCAGGUGUACCGAUUCAGCGAAGAAUGCAAAAGACUGGUUGGUUUAUCGGAUGGGAGUGUGGGGUAUAUACUCAGGACUACUGGUGAUCCAAGAACCCAGGCAUAUGUAUCCUGUAUUUUGGGCAGAGCUGCGAAUUCUUAAUGUAUCCAUAAACAAAUACAUAAAUAAAUAAAUAAAUCUUA